AGGUCGCGCUGUUUAUGUGCAUGGCCAUAUGGUAUAAAUAGUAAAAAGCACAGUGCUAGUUUUUACUUGUUUUCAUCACCGCUAGAAGAAGAACUAAACAUCAUCAUGUGGCUGUUGUGUCUAGCAGCGUGUGUCCUGUCUGCCCAUGCACAAACAGUGACAGACUCUGGCUGCGGGUCCCCCCAUAUCGCGGCCGGCGAGUCCGGUGUCAUCACCUCCAUGAACUAUCCGGCCAACUACGACAACAACGCCGCCUGCGACUGGCAGAUCAUCGUGCCAGAGGGCAAGACCGUGUCCGUCUCAUUUGAAACAUUCAGCGUUGAAUCUCACACGUCCUGUGGAUACGACUACGUCGCCAUGUGGGAUGGCGUGGACGAUGCAACCGCCACUUAUAUCGGACGUUACUGUGGGACGACUCUGCCUCCAAGUGUGACGUCACUCGGGAACAGCAUGUGGAUCCGUUUCCGGUCUGACGCGUCCGUGGCCAGGCAAGGCUUCAAGCUGACCUACCAGGCUAGGGCUCCAGGUGUAGGUGCCUUGGCAACAGACUGCUACACCGGUAACUCUGUGGACUACCGCGGAACACUGGCCAAGACGCAGUCCGGGAAGACGUGUCAACGCUGGGACUCCCAGUACCCCCAAACCCACAGAUACAAGCCACAGGACUAUCCCCAGUACGGUUUGGAGGAGAACUACUGCCGUAAUCCUGAUCGGGACUCGGUAGGCGUGUGGUGUUACACAACUGACUCUGCUACCAGGUGGGAGUACUGCGACCUCAGCUCCGGAUGUGCCGGCGGCACCACCACCACCCAGGCUCCCACUACCACCACCACUGGCGGUACCGGUACCGGUACCGGUACAGGAGACGGAAGCUGCGGUGUUCCCGCCAUUUCUCCCAUCCUCAGCCGUGUCGUGGGGGGCGAGGACGCCAGGCAGGGUAGCUGGCCAUGGCAGGUGUCGAUGCUGCUGUACGGCAGCAGCCACGUCUGCGGCGGUUCCAUCAUCGCACCCAACUGGAUCGCUACUGCCGCUCACUGUGUCGACAGUAACCGUUCUCCCAGCCAAUGGACGAUCCGUGUGGGCAGCCACCGCCGCCAGAACACCGACUCCACCCAGCGGGACCACGCCGUCAGCAGGGUCAUCAUGCACGAGAGAUACAACUCAAACCUUAUUGACAACGACAUCGCUCUGAUGAAGUUGUCCAGCAGCAUCACGUUUGAUGAUUACGCCAGCCCUGUGUGCCUGCCAACAGUCGACGCACCCGACGGUACCAUGUGCUACACCACCGGGUGGGGAUCCACUGGCGGAUCCGGUCUGCCCAACAUCUUGCAGCAGGGUAAGGUGCCGGUCGUGAGCAGGUCCACUUGCAACAGUGGCAGCUACUACAACGGCCAGAUUACUAACAACAUGAUCUGCGCUGGCUAUACACAGGGAGGUGUCGAUGCCUGCCAGGGUGACUCCGGUGGACCUUUCGUGUGUAACUACAGCGGACAGUGGACCCUGGACGGCGUCGUGUCCUGGGGAUACGGCUGCGCACAGGCCUACAAGCCCGGUGUCUACACACGUGUCACGAACUACAUCUCCUGGAUCAACGACAAGCUGGCGAAUUACUAGGGCCAAUACGCACAAUUUCACAGGGCUCUCUUAAUCUCAGUUAAAGUACAAAUAAGCUUGGGGUUGGCCGAGAAAUAAAUCACUUAAAUGUCAACACUGAA